AAAUUAAAUCGUUGGCUAGGGUGUGUUAAUUUCAAAGCCUAGUUCACAUCACAAGGAUAAGAAUGACACACUGAAUUUUCAUUCAAUGGCAGGAACUUGUUACUACACCUCCUGUCUUUCCUCUUCCAGCAACUUAGGGACAUGUUGGUUGGUAUUAAAAACUCACAAUGCAAGGGCCGUGCCAGGGAAGCUACCUAGAAGGAGAAGUUUGACAAUAAAAGCAGAAGUUGAGUAUGUAAGUGCUGAAAAAGCGAAGGAGCUUGUAGCAAUCGAUGGAUAUUCAGUUCUGGAUAUACGGGACAAGACUCAGUUUGAACGUGCUCAUAUAAAAUCAUGUUAUCAUGUGCCUCUUUUUAUUGAAAAUCAAGACAAUGAUCUCGGUACAAUUAUAAAGAGGACUCUUCACAAUAAUUUUUCCGGCUUGUUCUUUGGAUUACCAUUCACUAAGCUAAAUCCUGAGUUUGUAGAAUCUGUUAAGAGCCAGUUUACACCUGAAAGUAAACUCUUGGUUGUAUGUCAGGAAGGACUGAGGUCUGCUGCAGCAGCAAAUAAGUUAGAGCAAGCUGGUUUCUUAAAUAUAGCAAGCAUAACAUCUGGCCUUCAAACUGUGAAACCAGGGACAUUUGAUUCUGUUGGCUCCACGGAGCUGCAGAAUGCUGGCAAGGCUGGUUUGGUGACAAUCCAAGGGCAAAUCUCAACUGUGUUGGGAACUGUUCUUAUUUGUGCAUUUUUAUUUAUUACCUUCUUUCCUGAGCAAGCAGAAAAGCUAUUUCAAAUGGCCCCCGCAGGCUAAGCCUAAAAGUCCCAUUAAUUGUAGUCUUUCUUGAUUUUGUUUUACCUCGCUCAUUAUGUUUGUAGCAUAAUUGAGGAACGGGGAUUAGAAUUGAGGAACAUAAAAACAUUAAAUAUGUAAGAAGUGAUGGAAGAGUAAUGUCAGUAUGGCUAUAAAUAUGAUGGUAAAAAAACUAAAUUGUUUAUUCUACCGUGGUAGUAUUCUCCAUUCCGUUAUUUAAGAUAUCAGUUAUUUUGGAUGUAGGUUAUUAGGACAAUAUGUUGAGCUGUGUUCCUUGUACUGCAUGGCAGAACCCAAUAGAUU